CAAAGUGAAGAGAACAUUCUGAAAUGCAGAAAGGCUUAUCUGCAGCCGCAAAUGGGAAUCUGGAAUAACUAUGAAAAACACACUGAAAUAAUUGUGUUUGACUGGAACAAAAUUCUUGCAAAGUCCCCAAGGAUGAGAUUCUGUGCCAAAUCAAUGCUUCUAUCUGACUGGCUCUUUCUGGUCUAUGUGUUAAUGGUCUGCUGUAAAUUGUUGUCCGCCUCUAGCCACCAUCCCCGGGGACACACAGGCCAGCACCAAGUCAAGCAAGGGACAUGCGAGGUUGUGGCAGUGCAUCGUUGCUGCAAUAAGAACCGGAUUGAGGAACGAUCGCAAACAGUCAAGUGCUCCUGCUUCCCAGGGCAGGUGGCUGGGACAACGCGGGCUCAGCCCUCGUGUGUGGAAGCUUCUAUUGUCCUGCAGAAGUGGUGGUGUCAUAUGAACCCCUGUUUGGAUGGAGAGGACUGUAAGGUACUACCAGACUAUUCAGGGUGGUCUUGCAGCAGCGGAAAUAAAGUCAAAACCACAAAGGCAAGUAACACGGUAGCAAAGAAUAAACCUGUGGAUCCUAUUGGAACAAUGUGUGUGCAAUGCACUGCUUGGCUGUUAGACAGAGACCCUAUUUUGUGA